UUGUUAUCGCUACCUCAACCUAGAUCUUGUGAAAAGAGAAAUGGAUCCUGAUUCAGUGAAAUCAACCCUCUCUAAUCUGGCUUUCGGCAAUGUAAUGGCUGCUGCAGCCCGUGAUUACCAAAAGGAAUUACUUGCUCAAGAGAAGGGACAUGCAUCAUCUUCUGUUAAUGAGGAAUUUGAUCUUGAUGAAUUAAUGGAUGACCCUGAGCUGGAAAAAUUGCAUGCUGAUAGGAUUACAGCUCUUAAGAAAGAAGCUGAGAAGAGACAAGAAUUGAAAAUGCAAGGGCAUGGAGAGUAUAGGGAGAUAACCGAAGCAGACUUUUUGAGUGAAGUUACUGGCAGUGAUAAAGUAAUUUGUCACUUCUACCAUCACGAGUUCUACCGUUGCAAGAUUAUGGACAAACAUUUGAAGUCCCUCGCUCCAAGACAUUUUAGCACCAAAUUCAUCAAGUUGGAUGCUGAGAAUGCACCUUUCUUUGUUACAAAGCUGGGAAUCAAAACAUUGCCUUGUGUCAUACUAUUCAGGAAAGGAAUUGCGAUAGGGAGGCUGGUUGGAUUUGAUGACAUGGGAGGUAAAGAUGAUUUCAGCACGAGGACUCUUGAAGUUCUUCUGUUGAAGAAAGGAAUGAUUGAUGAGAAGAAAGAAGAUGAUGAUGAUGAUCAUCUUGAUGGUAAACGUACAUCAGUUAGAUCAACUGUGAAUCCCGAUUCUGAUUCAGACUAGAAAGAAAUUUGCAGUGCUGCUGCUGUGUCAUACUCAAUCCUCUCCAUACCAAUUUUUCACGAGAAAGAUUUUUGUUGAGAGCAAUGAGGGUUGUGGUGAGCAGUACACAAGGCUAAAGCUUGGUACAAGGAUAUCCUGAAAUAUUAUUAAUUUCAAUAUGAAUCAAAUGAAGAGAAGUUGGUUAUGUUUUUCAAUAGCAUGCUUGCAUUUUUCAGAUUCUAAUUUAUACUUAGGAUUGCUCAAAGUUAGCAGGCCUCCAUGUUAUUUAUGUUGAAUGUCUAGCUUCCUAUAUUCACCUCCAUGAAGAAAGUGUUUCCCUUUGAACAGAAAAUGAUUGUAUAUUACUUCGAAUGCCAAACAGUCUACUCUGUUACAAGUAA